AUGGCUCCUCAGCCCGUUGAGAACGGCUACUCGGGUUUCGAAGAUUCCGAAAACGGUGACUUCGAUCAGGAGUCAGAAGAUGACCAGCGCAGGUCCUGCUGUGCGUCGCCGGCGCCCUUGGCACACAGGGAAACGCCGCGCUUCACCAACGUAGGCUUGAUCGGGGAGACGUCCCACGACGGGGCCGAGCACGUGACGGAUGAGGUCUUCAAUGCUGCAUCACACCUUAUGGGAGGGAUGCUCUCCGUUCUUGGCUCGGCUGUCCUAAUCACCGGUGCAGCAGCCCACUCGAACCCGUGGGGCGUCAUCUCGUUUUCCUUGUACGGCGCCUCGCUGAUGUUCUUGUUUUUCGCCAGCUUUGCGCACCACGCGAUCAAAGGGCCGAAGCCACUCAUGGACCUCCUGCGCACUCUGGACUACGUGGCUAUCUAUUUCCUAAUCCCUGGAACGAUGGUCCCGGUCUGCUUCGUGUGCCUCCACGACACCUGGGUGGGCUGGGUGUUCUUCGGAACCACCUGGGGAAUUGCCUUUUUGGGAGUCUGGUUCCAAUCCUUCUGUCCGCUUGAGUUCCCAAUGUGGGCGAGUAUGACCAUGUACGUCACCCUGGGCUGGUUCGGCGCCUUCCUGGCCAUCCCUGCCUACAAGUGCAUAACCUUCGGAGGCGCGCUGCUACUGCUGCUCGGGGGUCUGUCCUACACCUUCGGAGGUGUCAUCUUCACCAUGCAAUGUCCGAAUCCAAUCAAGGGAAAGUUCGGCUUUCACGAGAUCUGGCAUGUUUUCGUUCUUGUCGGAGCCGCAUUUCACUACGCCUGCAUGCUCUUCUACGUGUUCCCCCACGUGAAGUCCGGUUGUGCCCAAGGAGGCUGCACAUAA